AUGGUUGGAACAUUAAAACGGGCAAUGGAUUUGAACUCGUCAAAGCAACUUGAGACGGAGUUAAACCAGUUCAUCUACACUUACAACUAUACUCCUUGUGAAGCAGCUCCGGACCACAAAUCUCCGGUUGAAAUUUUUUUUGGCCGCAAACUGCGUACACCGCUGGAGAUGUUCACUCCAGCCUCCAAACCAAACAUGUCGCUUACAAAAAUGCAAAUGAAAAUGAAACAGCAAUUCGAUCUUCAUCACGGCACUAAAUCUCGUCACUUUGUUCCAGGUCAAACCGUUGUCGUACAACUUGCUAAUAAACAACGUGUUUCAGGGACAUUUAUCCGAAAGGUGGGGAAGACCAUAGCCCAGAUUCGCGUUGCAGAUAAAUUAAUCACGCGACAUUUCAACCAAAUUUGGAAUCGCAUAGCGGGACCAGAUGAAAAACAGCAGGCCGUCGACAUAGAGCUGUUGCUAUCAUGCCAACAUCCGGAUGCAGUGAGACAGGCAGAUGCACCCGUGGUGCAAAUAACUCCGGAUAACCCGUCGAGAGAAUCUGGAGAGACAGGACAUUUGGAAAACAUCCCUACCGCUGCGACGGGGAAGAUCGCUCGUCGUUCGAGUCGGCUCGCUGAUCAGAGGCGCCCGGAUUAUAAGGCGUUGGGUGGAACUCGUCAGUACAGGCAACAAUGUUCUUAA